GAAGGACGAGCAGCGGCGCUAGCCUUUCUGAGGUGGAGGGCUGGUCGUUCUGUCUGGAGUGCGCUUGCGCUAGGCGACCAACUGUUCACCGGAGUCGGGUGAAGGGAAAGACAAGCGACGAACGGGCGUGGGGCGAGCGGUGCGCGGGAGAAGAUGGAGGCCGCUCAGUGGCUUCGGCGACGGCCUUGGGUUCUGUGCCUACCCGCAUUUCUCUUGGCGCGGAGCUGCUCGGCUGCUGGGGAGGAUCUCACCACGCAGGCAGCUCCAGCCACUACCUCGGGGCCAGUCGGGCAAGCAUGUGCUGCUUUUUCUGGGAAGACUUGUGACCAGUGUAUUCAAAACACUUCAUGUCUUUGGUGCAAUGAAAAAUCCAUUUGCAUGGAUUAUCCUGUGAGGAGUAUCAUUCCAUCAUCUACGCUGUGCCCACUGUCAGAAGCUCGUUGGGGACUCUGUUGGGUCAACUUUCAGGCUUUGAUCAUCAGCAUAGCUGUUGUAGCAGGCCUCCUUCUCCUUACGAUAGUAGGCUGUUGCUGUUACUGCUGCUGCUGUAGAGGUCGUCAUAGGGGAUACUGCUUUCCAUUUCUUUUUAAACCUGCACAGCAAAUGAGACUAGAGGAAGAAGAAAGAUUUAUCAGAGAGCGUGAAGAAAAACAUCUGCAGUCGCUUCAGCGGAAACAUGAAAGAAAAGCGAAGCAUGAUGAGAUACGCAAGAAAUAUGGUCUUCUCCAGGAUUCUGACCAUCCAUACAGCAGAUAUGAGAACGAAUGAAAAUGGACUGUGCAUUGCUUUUUUAAAGGAGUAGGAAGUUUAAAGAUAAUUCUUUGGUUCAGUUUUUAGAUACCAAAUGUGUUCAUAAAUGUGUGGUGGAACAUCAUAUUCUUUUUCCUUCUCACACAGGAAACAUUUUUCCUUCUCUAAAUCUUUAAUGGAAUGAGAAUUGAGAGACUGAAAUAAAAAUCAUGUAAUUUUCUUCUAACGUAACAGUUACAAAAUUCAGAUUAUGUCUUAUUUUCCAUAUUGCUAAAUAAAAAAACCUUGUCAAAUAUAUGUUGAAUAAUUGUUUGCAAGUGUUUAAGAGUACAGACAUCUAUGGUUCCAAGUGAUGACAAUUACAGCCUUCACCUUCAUGACUGUUAACAGAACGUUAGGGGUAUAAGUGAACAAUAAUAACAGUGUGCACUUGUCGCUUUGGCUUCAGCAACUUCUGUGCGGAUGCAAGAACUAAUAGAUACCUGUGCUGCUGUUCUAGCUGGUAUGUUCCUGCACCACCCAAGCCUUCUAAAUGAGGUCAUUUAAGGGCUGUAAAAAUGUCAUUCUGCUGUUAUUGUCCCUUCUUCCCAAUAUCUCCUUUCCUAGCACACCCUGCUUCCCUCAUGUCUUGCUUAAUCUCAGUGGAGUUUUAGCCAAUGAAACCUGUGCUUUCCAGGGAAAUGAGCAGAAGGAAGCAUAAAGAGCCUGUAAAUGUUGAGGGAUCCAGAUUGUGAUUAUAGUGGCUUGGAUCCAGUACCCAUUUCUGCUGAAAGGAAGGGCCAGAGCAGAAGAAUAGGCAAAAAUCGCCAACCCCUUCUUUUUGUCUAACCCUUUUAUUGGUACAAAAUGAUAGGUGAUAGACAAGUCGUAUUUAAUCUGCAAUGUGUGUGUUCUAAUUGGUUUGUAACCACUAAGAGAACCUUUAAUGUAACUUCAUAAGACAAGCUUUUAACAUGUUUGAAAAAGGUAAUCACAUUAGGCUUGUUUUUACAUGAACACCAACUCCCAAAUGCACUGUAAAAUGUUUUCAAGUUUGUCUGCAAUUGUGAAUUCUGUCUCUCUUUUUAAAAGGCAGGAAAGAUUCUAGAUGGUAAUAAAUCAACUUGUUAGCUCUGUAAAUAUGCCUUGGAGGCAGGCGGUAUUUUGCCUUCCUUGAUUGCUUGAUUGUCUUCCCAAAACUGUAUAAAAACUUCUUUCUUGCUGUCAAAUACCUGUUGCUGUUCGUUCCCUGAACACAUCCUCAAUCCAGCUAUUAAAUGUUUUACUAAUAAUACACAAA